AGAUCGCACAUUGGCUUGUUCCAAAUGUCGCGUGUCCAUUUACGUAAAAAUAUGUAGUCACUAAAUUAAUCGAGUUAAUCAGCACCAUUCAACCCGGUUUUGCGAGGAAACAAUUAUCUCUGCGCGAGAUAUAAUCAAAAUUCGCGAGUUGCAAAAUGAUCGACGUCAAGGAAACUCUCGAGUCGUUUGUCGCAAGUGUUGCAAUCGUGCUUUUGGAUGCAAUAUUUCAUUAUGCGCUCUACAGAGUAGCUGUCUCGUUAAUUUCCCAGUGAAAGAUCAAAUCACUCGGAUCUAUCCAAAAUUUUUGAAAUGUAAUCUUUUACGAGAUGCCGCCUUACCUGACAUGAACUCAACGCUACUUCAUUUCAUUUAAUCAAUGUUUUCCGUCUCUUUGGAUUACUGAAAAUUGUCGGUACAGAUUUUGCAAUUUAUCGAAAGAAAAUUCUUGAAAGUUGCUGCGGCAAAAUAUCGAAUAUACCGGAGAUUUUGUUAACACGACACGUGCAAUUGAUCUCGUGAAAAGUAGUAAAAAUAGCAUCAUCACCAAUGGAUACCAAUGCCCCAUUGUACCUCUCGAGAUCUGAUCUAGAGGAUUGCAAAUGUGACGCCCAUAGCUUUGAAUAUAAGAAGAUUAGAUACAAACGAUUAGCUGAUAAAGAACGGGGAUCUUGCAAAGUCAAUCACGAGAAAAUAAGUCUCACAUCGUCGACGUUGGACAUUGUACCCUUCGAUUACUUCGAUACGAACAAAGCAAUGAAAAGCGUUUACAAGACCGACUAUGGAAAAAAAGAAUACAGUCCAUUGAUGACAGCGACAGAUUCACAGAUUGAACGAUCUGUUAUACCAGCAACUACUAAUUGGAAAGAUGUUUAUAGAGAUCCGAUCAGAUUUAGAUAUUCGGCUAUGGAAACACCAACAAUUCAACCUGCCAAAACGAUGAGUGACUUGAAAGUUCCAGAGACUGCUUCCUUUUGGUACGAGCCGUUCACAAGCUCUUCGGAGUAUACGGAUAAAAUUAGCAAAUUGGGUCUAAGCAAUAUGAGAAAUCAGCAACGAUUUUUGAAGCCUCUUCACCCGAUAAAAAGAAAACUUAGCAGCUGCAAUCUGUGAUAAUCUAAAAGGAUGCAUUACCUUUGUAGUGAAAAUAAAAGCUACCGAUUGUUGCAAACAAAGACAUCAGAAAUGUGUAUAUACAAUAAGAACGAUACAAUAUGUAAAAUGCAUUAUAAGAAAAUGCGUUUAUAAGAAAAAAAAUAUAGAGUAAAACAUAAAUAGAUUAUAAAGGUUAAUUAAA